GUCCUUUUCUCUUCAUUUGGUUGUUUCCUCCUCAUAUUUUCCCCUCUGAUCAGGUUUCCGACGCCGGAACCCUGAUCCAGCAGCCAUGGCUGCCGCUAAUGCUCCCAUCACCAUGAAGGAAACUUUGACGUUGCCGAGCAUCGGGAUUAAUCCGCAGUUCAUAAAUUUCACGCACGUUACUAUGGAACGAGGCCAGGUGUUGCUUGCUACAGUGAAUGAAGCAACAAUUAUCCCUUUCAUUAGCAGUCAGUUGAAUAAUCUGGAACUUGCUGUUAACCUUGCCAAAAGGGGGAAUCUUCCUGGUGCCGAAAAUUUGCGAUUUCAGGAAUUGUUUUCUCAGACUAAGUACAAGGAAGCUGCUGAACUUGCUGCUGAAUCACCACAGGGGAUUCUCCGUACUCCUGAUACUGUUGCUAAAUUUCAGAGUGUUCCAGUGCAAGCUGGGCAAACUCCACCGCUACUGCAGUACUUUGGAACUUUGUUGACAAGAGGAAAAUUAAAUGCUUUUGAGUCCUUGGAAUUAUCUCGCCUUGUUGUAAAUCAGAAUAAGAAGAAUCUUCUAGAGAAUUGGUUGGCAGAAGAUAAGCUAGAAUGCAGUGAGGAGCUUGGAGAUCUUGUGAAGACAGUAGAUAAUGACCUUGCGCUGAAAAUAUAUAUUAAAGCUAGGGCAACUCCGAAAGUUGUUGCUGCAUUUGCUGAGAGGAGGGAGUUCGACAAGAUUCUAAUUUAUUCAAAGCAGGUGGGAUACACUCCUGACUAUUUGUUCCUGCUGCAAACAAUUUUGAGGACGGAUCCCCAGGGUGCUGUUAAUUUUGCUUUGAUGAUGUCCCAAAUGGAGGGUGGUUGCCCAGUUGACUACAACACAAUAACUGAUCUCUUCCUACAGAGGAACUUAAUUCGUGAGGCAACUGCAUUUUUGUUGGAUGUGCUGAAGCCAAACCUACCUGAGCAUGGAUACCUUCAGACAAAGGUUUUAGAAAUCAAUCUAGUUACAUUUCCAAAUGUUGCGGAUGCUAUAUUGGCCAAUGGUAUGUUUAGUCACUAUGAUCGUGCACGUAUUGCCCAAUUAUGUGAAAAAGCUGGUCUAUAUAUCCGAGCCCUUCAGCAUUAUACGGAAUUGCCUGACAUCAAGCGUGUCAUUGUGAAUACACAUGCCAUUGAGCCCCAGGCUCUUGUUGAGUUCUUUGGAACCCUUUCAAAGGAAUGGGCUCUUGAAUGUAUGAAGGAUCUUCUAAUGGUCAAUCUUAGAGGAAAUCUACAGAUAAUUGUCCAAACUGCCAAGGAGUACUGUGAACAGCUUGGUGUUGAUGCAUGUAUAAAACUCUUUGAGCAAUUCAAGUCCUACGAAGGAUUGUACUUUUUCCUGGGUUCAUACUUGAGCUCCAGUGAGGAUCCUGAUAUCCACUUCAAGUACAUUGAAGCAGCUGCCAAAACUGGGCAAAUAAAGGAGGUAGAACGAGUCACUCGUGAAUCAAAUUUUUAUGAUGCUGAAAAGACAAAGAACUUUCUGAUGGAAGCCAAGCUCCCAGAUGCACGUCCUUUAAUUAAUGUGUGUGAUCGUUUUGGUUUUGUUCCGGAUCUCACCCAUUACCUAUACACAAACAACAUGCUUCGUUAUAUUGAGGGUUAUGUUCAAAAGGUAAACCCAGGGAAUGCUCCCUUGGUUGUCGGGCAGCUGUUAGAUGAUGAAUGCCCUGAGGAUUUCAUUAAGGGCCUUAUUCUGUCUGUUCGUUCCCUUCUUCCAGUUGAGCCCCUUGUGGAAGAAUGUGAGAAGAGGAAUCGGCUUCGCUUGCUGACUCAGUUCUUGGAGCAUUUAGUGAGUGAGGGAAGUCAAGAUGUCCAUGUUCACAAUGCUUUGGGUAAAAUAAUCAUUGACAGCAACAACAACCCAGAGCAUUUUCUCACUACCAACCCAUAUUAUGAUUCACGUGUAGUGGGUAAAUAUUGUGAAAAGCGAGAUCCCACACUUGCGGUUGUUGCUUACAGGAGAGGCCAGUGUGACGAUGAACUUGUCAAUGUCACAAAUAAGAACUCGUUAUUCAAAUUGCAAGCCAGAUAUGUGGUGGAGAGGAUGGAUGCGGACCUUUGGGAUAAGGUUCUUAAUCCUGAAAAUGAGUAUAGAAGGCAGCUUAUUGAUCAGGUUGUAUCAACUGCUUUGCCUGAAAGCAAGAGUCCAGAGCAAGUAUCAGCGGCUGUUAAAGCUUUUAUGACUGCUGAUCUUCCACAUGAACUGAUUGAGCUUCUUGAAAAGAUAGUUCUCCAAAAUUCUGCUUUUAGUGGGAACUUCAAUUUGCAAAAUCUACUGAUAUUGACAGCUAUCAAGGCUGAUCCAUCAAGAGUAAUGGAUUACAUUAAUAGAUUAGACAACUUUGAUGGUCCAGCAGUCGGGGAGGUUGCAGUGGAAGCUCAAUUGUAUGAAGAGGCAUUUGCUAUUUUCAAGAAGUUUAAUUUGAAUGUUCAGGCAGUAAAUGUACUGUUGGAUAACAUCCGGAGUAUUGAUCGAGCUGUGGAGUUUGCAUUCCGUGUUGAAGAAGAAUCUGUCUGGAGCCAGGUUGGCAGGGCACAACUUCGUGAGGGCCUAGUGAGUGAUGCAAUUGAGUCCUUUAUUCGUGCUGAUGAUGCUACCGAGUUCCUGGCUGUGAUAAAGGCAGCUGAGGAUUCAAAUGUAUACCACGACUUGGUCAAGUAUCUUCUAAUGGUGAGGCAGAAGACCAAGGAACCCAAAGUGGACAGUGAACUCAUCUAUGCUUAUGCUAAAAUUGACCGGCUGGGUGACAUAGAAGAGUUCAUUCUGAUGCCAAAUGUUGCUAAUCUCCAAAAUGUUGGAGAUCGCUUAUAUGAUGAGGCUCUUUAUGAGGCAGCAAAGAUCAUAUUUGCAUUUAUAUCAAACUGGGCUAAGCUGGCUGUCACCCUUGUAAAGCUAAAACAGUUCCAAGGUGCUGUUGAUGCAGCUCGGAAAGCCAACAGUUCAAAAACUUGGAAGGAAGUUUGCUUUGCUUGUGUUGAUGCAGAAGAAUUUCGUUUGGCUCAGAUAUGUGGUCUCAACAUCAUCAUACAGGUUGAUGAUUUGGAGGAGGUCAGCGAGUAUUACCAGAACAGGGGAUACUUUAAUGAGCUCAUAUCCCUCAUGGAGAGUGGUCUGGGUUUGGAGCGAGCACAUAUGGGCAUCUUUACAGAGCUGGGAGUUCUAUAUGCAAGAUAUCGUCCUGAGAAGCUCAUGGAGCACCUAAAACUGUUUGCAACUCGUCUCAACAUUCCAAAGCUCAUACGAGCUUGUGAUGAACAGCAGCACUGGGAGGAGUUAACUUAUUUGUAUGUUCAAUAUGACGAAUUUGACAAUGCUGCAACGACUAUAAUGAACCACUCCCCAGAAGCAUGGGAUCACAUGCAAUUCAAAGAUGUUAUAGUCAAAGUUGGAAAUGUGGAGCUCUACUACAAGGCUGUGCACUUUUACUUGCAAGAACAUCCUGAUCUUAUAAAUGACGUCCUUAAUGUGCUUGCCUUGCGCGUCGACCAUGCACGUGUUGUGGAUAUAAUGCGAAAGGCUGGGCACCUACGUCUUGUUAAGCCAUACAUGGUUGCAGUUCAAAGCAACAAUGUGGCUGCUGUAAAUGAAGCUUUGAAUGAGAUCUAUGUAGAGGAGGAGGAUUAUGACAGACUUCGCGAGUCUAUAGAUCUCCACGAUAACUUUGAUCAACUAGGCCUUGCUCAGAAGAUUGAGAAACAUGAGCUUCUUGAAAUGAGGCGUGUUGCUGCUUAUAUUUAUAAGAAGGCAGGGAGGUGGAAACAGUCCAUUGUGUUGUCGAAGAAGGAUAAUCUUUAUAAAGAUGCUAUGGAAACAUGUUCUCAGUCUGGUGAUCGUGAACUUUCAGAGGAACUACUUGUCUACUUCAUUGAGCAGGGAAAGAAAGAGUGUUUUGCAUCAUGCCUCUUCGUCUGCUAUGAUUUGAUCCGGCCAGAUGUUGUGCUCGAGCUUGCCUGGAUGAACAAUAUGAUUGAUUUUGCUUUUCCAUAUCUAUUGCAGUUUAUUCGUGAGUACACAAGUAAGGUCGAUGAACUUGUGAAGGAUAAAAUUGAGGCUCUUAAAGAGGUAAAAGCAAAAGAGAAAGAAGAAAAGGAUAUGGUUGCUCAGCAGAAUAUGUAUGCCCAGUUGCUGCCUCUUGCAUUGCCUGCACCUCCAAUGCCAGGAAUGGGUGGUGCAGGGAUGGCUGGAGGUUUUGCUGUGCCACCACCACCUCCAAUGAGUGGGAUGGGUAUGCCUCCAAUGCCACCUUACGGCAUGCCUCCCAUGGGUUCCUACUAAUCUCUGGACAGAUCUAGUCUAGUAUACAUUUAACAUGGAAUGCCUUACCUUCCACUUGGUGAAAGCUCACAUUGCCUGAUCUUUACUUGUUUGUGAGGUGUAUUUUUUAUAGUUUGAUAUCAUUAUAGUGGAUCAUAGAACUGAAGUGAUGCUGCUUUACCAUACUACCCUGGAAUCUAAUAGAGGGGUAUGACAUUUACUUGAGUAAUGGAUGUGAUGUCGCUCUUCUGACCUUUCUCUGACAAGUUUUCACAGAUGCAGCCAUCGAAUUUGCUUGUGAUCGUGGCAAGUCUGCUGAAGUAUAGAUUUGUUUUAGCUUCAUCAUUAUAAGUUUCCUUUGCUGAUAAUUGUUAGGGACAUCUAGACUCAUCCUCGUAGGGUAGAAAGUUUUGUACUCUUUUCCCCAAUGUAUAACAGUUUCCGCAACGUUUCUUUGUUUCUUUCUCUCUUUCUUUUCAUUUCUUUUCUUUCUUUUUUCUUUAUUGAUCGCCAUGUUGCAUUUCAAAAUUCAUGUUUAUGAUGCUUUUAUCGCACUGGGAAGUAAAAUAAACACAGCUGAUAGAU